AUGCGGUCCAUGCUGAUGGUUCGAUUUGGCGACACUCGAUUUUUUCCGCCUGUUUUCUGUGCUGAACCGUUGAACCCUGUAGUGGAUGAUUGGCUGUACCAAGGUUCAUACUGGACAUUCCGGAAGUUCUUCAAGUUAGGAGUUUUACUCUGUGAUUUAGCUAGCUAGAUAUUCGAUGUCCUCUGUAUGGUGGCAUAUUGGUCAUGUAUCUGAAAACAGAAAUUGUAACGCCGUCGUAACAAAUAUAGUGAACACAACAAGAACAUUUUAAACAAACGAGUCGCUUAUCGGUAAUCACAAGGUGUUAUGCAACAAAUGUGAUGUCAGGCCGCUACAUUUAGCCAAAGCUUGUGCUCUCUGUACUCUGCUGUUAGCUGAAUAGUUAGCUACCUUUACAAGCACAUUUUGAACCCGGACAAGAAACCAGGAAAGGACACAACCAGCUCAACUUUGUCAGACCUAUUCCACAUCGGGCGUCACAGUUGCUGGAAACAAAAAAAUACCAUUUUUAAAAGGAUGUCCUUUUCAGCGGCAACAAGAUUAGUCGGCUCCUGCCUUUCACGUAGCUCCGGGAUACUUUCGGUAUGUGCGAGUAAUGUUAAUGCUUCGAAGAUUUCAUCACUCACCAGAAAAUGGGACCUGGGUAAAUAUCAGAUUCAAAGAAGAGAAAUUACCUCUGGCAAAAUAACGCAGCCUCUCAGAUCGGAAAACAAGGUGACCAUUAAUUUCAUUGAUCGAGAUGGAGAAAAGAUUACAGUCAAGGCUUCCCCUGGUGACACACUCUUAGAUGUUGUGGUUGAGCAGCAGCUUGACUUUGAUGGAUUUGGAGCAUGUGAGGGAACUCUUGCUUGCUCCACCUGUCACCUCAUAUUUGAAGAGGACACAUACAAACAACUAGGACAUAUCAGUGAUGAGGAGCUGGACAUGCUGGACCUUGCCUAUGGUCUCACAGAUACGUCCCGUCUGGGUUGCCAGAUCUGCCUUACAAAAUCCCUCGAUGGCAUGACCGUACGUCUACCUGACAGUGUGGCAGACAUCAGGCAGGUGGAUGGCAAAGCCUAGGGCUUCCAACCACCUUCACCAGCCAACAACUACUGCGUAACUUUAAUUAGUAUACAAGUGUACAUAAAUUAUGGAUGAAUUCAAAGAUGAUUGGAGGAGGUGUGAUUAUUACUUAAUUACACUUAUGGUGAGUAUUAUUUUUUUCAAGACGUGGCAGCAUUUUCUUUUUUCUCAGGUCGAAUCCAAAGGCAUACCUCGAUUAAUUUUGUAAUCUGUUUACGAGUAGAUUUUUGAUAGUAAUCAUAGAUACACAGACAUUUUGUGUUAAAGUUCCCAAGUACCUCUUUUCAUAACAUAGCAUGUAAUACAGUGCAAAGGAAUUGAUUUAAAAAAAGAAAAUGAAAAUGUGAGAUAUAUUUAGGAUUAGAUUUCAAAUGUUAGCUAGCUAGCCUUUUUCACAAUAUAACCCACGUCAUAUUUAAGUACUAAGCACAAUAUUCAUACUGUGUAUUGAAUAGUUAUUGUUUCACACAUUGUAAUUAGUGUACCAAUAAUGCAGUAAAAUCUUAAUCAUCUAUAGACUACGACUUACUGUUGUGUUUUAAGUACUUUUUAAAUAAAUUGGAUUGUUUUUAUAAUUGCA